AUGUCAGAUGAACCAAGCGAUGCCAAAUGGGGUAUUCUGUACAAGGCAACUAGAGAUGGGUUUAAGCCAGCUAACUUUCACAAGAGAUGUGAUGGAAAGUCACCAACUCUUGUGGUGAUCAAAAGUGGUGAGAAUGUCUUUGGUGGCUAUGCGGACAAGCCAUGGUCCUCACGUAAGUAACUUUGUAGUUCAUCAAACCGGCCUAAAUGCAAUACCUUCUCUUUAUUCCUGUGAGGUGCUGUUGCUGUAUUACUGAAUUUUUCCUUCACGCAAUCUAUCACUCAAAUCGGUUCCCGCCUAUUCCUAAUAGUUGAAUUUCCUUACCAUAUGUGCAACAAUUUCUACUAACAGUUUUGCAAUCUGCGCGCGUCAAAGCGGUUAUUAGUGGACUGAGGAAAAGACAUGCCACGUUGACGGGGGUUAAUCAGAAGCAAACGGAAGUCGAGAUAAAACUACCUGCCCAUCUAAAUUUCGCCUUACAUUAUUUUGCUGUGUUGUUCUUUAUCAGCAACAAUAUCAUUAUGAUAAUAGCAAUUGUCGCGGUCAUCAUCUCUAUCAGUUAUCGAAUCAUCGUUAUCAUUGAUCGUAGAGAGCGGUUUAGGUUUGUUAAUGUUGAAAUUUUAUUGAGUUUGAACCUGAAAACAAUGAAGUCGAAUCCCUUAUUUUAACGUAGCGAAAUGGGGUUUGCCUAUGGGUUAAAAAACCGCACUUCUGGUUAUAACAUUCACUGGGACGUCCUGAUCAAGAUUUGAUCUCAGUAUUUAAUUAAAAUGUGCAAAAACUGUUAACGGAUUCACAGUAAAUUACUCCAUUCUUGUACAUAGGGCAUCCCCUUCUAGAAAGGCUUGUCCUGCCUUUUGCGAAGUUUGUUUGUCCUUCUUUUUCUCCGUCUUUUCGUCUCUUUGCAUAUAUUUCAUUCUGCAUUUCAAUAGAGAAGAGCAUAAAAAUGUUACGACAGCAAUAAUAGUAAAGAAGGAACAUUACAUGAAUUGACGUUUUCUCGCUACAUUUUUAACUUGGCUUUUAAAUUAAUUCGUUUUUUUAUUUAUUUCAGCUGAGGGCCACGCCUAUGACCACCAAGUAAGCGAAACGUCAUUCAUUUUCAGUCUGAAAAACCCACAUGGCUAUCCUCCAGAAAAAAUGCUCCCCUCGCCCGAUCCCCGCAGCAAAGAGACGUUCGUUAGGGGAGGGGUCAAAAGCAAAGCAGAUCGAGGGCCGGCGUUUGGUGAUUUUGGCAACGUUAUUGAUCUUGUUGCACUGUCAGGAAAUUCAAAUCGCGUGGGUUUUGCAGAAAUUAGGGAAGGUUUUCGAACAAAGUAUGAAGACAAGGCUUACUUAAACGGCGGAUAUGGGUUAUUCGUCGUGGAUGACUUAGAAGUGUUUGGACUUGCGAAAUGA